UAGGCAGCACUUCCUGAGAGGAAGCCCAGGGGCCCAGGAGUCUCACUCUCCCUCCCAGAGCUGACAAGUCCUUCCCUAGCAGCUUCUCGGUGUUACCAGUUUUCUUUCAGGGUUUUAGCAGUGCCAGCCAAAUCGGUCAUGGCUGCAACGUACGCCUCAGUGCAGAAGCGAGGUCACGCUCCAGGCCCAGCAGCAACCUGUGAGACAGAACUUGAGGGGGCUGUGUAUAGCACUGUCAAGCCCAGGGCCCUUCGGGGUGGGACUGGGACCCCCACAGAAUACACUCCGGUGGCCUUCCCCAGCUCAGCAGCCUUGGAAGACCCGGCAUGCUCCUCUCCAGGUUCUGGGAGGCCCGUGCUGUCCCCGGUUGUCACCCUCAGUGCCAUAAGGAAGACUAGCAACCCCCCCAGGAACUGCCCUGGGCCCGAGGCCUAUGAGGACAUAACAGACAUUGCAGUUCCAAGCCCGGACCACAGUGGCCUCCAGCCCAGCAGCACUCUUGGCUUCAACAUUCGAAUUGGGAAACCAAAAGGUCCCCGGGAUCCUCCAGUGGAGUGGACCCGAAUGUAGGAAGCCUGGGACAGAUUCCUGCUUUUCUGCCUAGAGCCCAGGCCCAUUAAGGGAGACAGAGGGUGGAAGGCGGGCAACCAAAUUCGGGUUCACUUUUCACAAUAAAGUUUUACCUAUCCUGAA